ACAACAUCCUUGCGCUUUCGAUCACGGUACUGGUACUCUGUCUGGAUGACGGUCCUGUCUGCGGGGCUUGGACGCGUCUUUAUUCACAACCCCAGGUCCACCUGUCGGUCCAGUGGGCCUAGAAUGAUGUUCUAACGCGAACCUGACGCGGAUGGUCAAAGACUGUGGACUCCCGGACCUUGAGCACAAGUCACGACUCGACGCAGAGCUGUGUCUCUCUUACAUCGCAUCCAUUGCUACCUCAUUUGGUAUCUUCGGUAUCACUCAUCAAAAAUAAAACGCGACAAAUCAGGCGAUAUCGCCCUCGAAGAUGGGGUUGCGCGAGCUCACCUUUGGAGACGAGCGGCCGUUGCAGGAAAUCGCAGAUAGCCUUGCAGGGUCGCACAAGAUCCUUGUUGUUACAGGUGCUGGGAUCAGCACCAGCUGUGGAAUACCGGAUUUCCGCUCGAAGGACGGGCUCUACAACAUCAUUCCAGAACAAGCUCUCCUACCAACUCCUCCGGCAUCACAGCCUUCCACCCCGUCGAGAAAUCGCGUCGAUGUCGACGAACACGAUAUCCCAUCCUCGCAAUCUUCAUCCUCAUCCAAUGCUAGUAGACGGUUCUCUUCGAGUCCGUCGUCCAAGCUCAAAGGACAGGACCUUUUCGACUCCAGAGUGUUUCAGAACGCCGCUUCUACGACUCUCUUCUACCAGUUCAUAGCUUCUCUACGUCAAAAGAUACGCGAUGAAGUACGGUCCACGAGUUCGGUUCAUAAGCUCAUCCGAGUUCUUCGUGAUGGCGGUCGAUUGAUGCGGUGUUAUACCCAGAACAUAGACGGGCUAGAAGCAAGAGAAGGCCUAGUGACUGACCUUGCUCGCGGGAGGGGCAACAAGCGACGGUUCAUGAAGAAACAUUAUGAAGUACCGCGACCUGCACAUACCUCCGGGACAGACUUCGACGGUGGUUGUGAAGUGGUGCAACUACAUGGUGAUCUGGACAAGCUGCGCUGCAGCAUGUGCGCCGCGCACUUUGUAUGGACAGAUGAAGAGACCGAGAUCUACUUGGAAGGUGCUGCGCCUAGCUGCCAAAAAUGCAAGGCAAAGAGUGAGGAAAGACAGGCAAGCGGGAAAAGAGGACUGGCAGUGGGGACGCUUCGGCCAAAUAUCGUGCUGUACGGGGAAGACCAUCCUUCAAAUACGUUACUGACGCCAUUGAUUCCCUUUGACGCCAGCUGUCAACCCGAAGUCAUGAUAAUCAUGGGCACUUCGUUAAAAGUCUUUGGAUUACAAAGAAUUGUGCGAGAAUUUGCAAAAGCAGUCCACUCUCGCAAGGACGGGAAGGGACGCGUAAUCUUUGUCAACCGUACGCGGCCAGCGGAAACUACUUGGGAAGGCAUUAUUGACGACUUCGUUGCGAUGGACUGUGACGAUUGGGUGAAUGACCUGAAGACGCGGCGUCCUGAUCUCUGGCUUCGACAGGGCGAUCUUGCCUUGACGGUCACCAAAUCAGCACAGCCCAAACGAAAGAGAAAGUCCGUUGACGUGGAUGAAGGCGUCGAGAAUAGGCCGAAUAAGAAGUCGAAGAUCACUGUCGACAUACCAGCUCACGAUUGGUUUGUCCAGCAGACGCCCCCAAGCACACCUUCGAGGAAGCAACUGCCGAUAAAGAAGUACAAGUUGCCGCCGAACUAUCCAGGCCGAGCUGUUCUUUCACCUUUGGCGCAGGCUAGACGACCUCCAGUAUCGCCGUUGUCUAGUCCAGUCCGGAUAGCUGAUGAUCAAGGGCAGCUAACGCCAGCCAAACGAAGCACGCCUAAGAGGCCUGCAUUCUCGCCUUUUUCUCCAGGAGUGCUCUCGGGGAGCAGGCUAAAGAUGGAAGUGUUCUGCGACGACAAUCGGGGAGAGAACUUUGUGAGCGAUGUUGUGGAAAAGUCGGAAGACGACGUGGACCCAGAUGAAACGUCCCUCGGAGACGAUGCAGAAAAAACGUUCGAACGCCCGGCGAUCACACCGCCAGAAUCCAACUUCAUGGCCCGGGUGUGGCAAAGAUUCCCUGGAAGGCGGAUCCUCCCCUACAGCAAUCGUUUCAAGAGAUCAGAAGGCUCGCUUGACGAUGAAGAAGAGGACAGUGUGAUCACAGUGGAAACUCCCUCAAGAGGCCCCCGAGGAAGGAAAAUUGACGUGCUGGAAACUUGAAAAGGCGCACAUUCCGGAUGGGGUUAUAACAGGGGCCAUUGUAUGAUGAGAUGAUGAUUGUACGGCGCAUUCCGAGACUUGCAAAAGGUCGCAAAGUUUUCUGUGGCAUUUUGGGGUGCGAGAACAUUUGGUACUGGAGGUUUAUGAAAAUGGCCUGCAUUACGCUGGUGCGAGUCUGAGAUUUUGGUUGAGAAGGAACAGUCCAGUCUUCUAUGAGGAUGGACAAGUUAAUGAUCACGAGCAAUAUUCUUCCUCAUUCCAAGUCCCUCAGACUACAUCAAUACUUCUUCUGCACCGACAACCUGGGUAUAAGAGACCACUUGCAACCCGGCGUUGGUCAAGAUUUCACGCGCGACCCAUUGCUGCCAAAGACAAAAUCAAAAUCCCUCAAAGUAUAAUACUGCCUUCGAAAUCUUCUCGCACCGUCCAUAAAUGCAUCCCUUCUUCCUUUGCUGUUCAAGAUGCAGGAGCGCCAGCCCGGCGAAAACAGUGUCGAGAAUUGCAGCCGACGGACUCUUUGAUUCAACCUCAAGCCCGUCAUCGUACGAUACAAGGAAGACAUACCUCACAUCGGCAGAAUUUGAACAGCUCAGUACCUCUCAGAGUUGAGGCUGCGAUAUCUUCAUCUCAAGGAGAAUAGAAUGUUCAGAAACAAGAUAUGUACUAAGCUCACCUGACCAAUAUUAAGAGUCAUGGAACUGACGGUCUUCAGUCACCCUCCUUCAAGGGCCUGCCAGGCCAAAUAUCGUGGUGCCCGUGAGCUGGGCUGCCGGUCUCACGGGAUCCCACUUCUACCUUGCGAGAGCAGAGAGACAACGAGAGAGCGAACGAGAGAAAGAGAGAGCGCAGAUAGAGAAAGAGAGAGAGAGGAGUAUCGCUAAGCAAAGGUAUGAAGACAUCGAACGACGUCUGGACCGACUCGAUCAGUCAAUCGAUCGGUCCGUGAAAAUAGAGCAGGCUUGGGAGGCGGUGUAUGGCGCGUUAGAAAGUUGUAAUACCAUGUGCGACGAAAUGAGAAGCCAGGAAGAGGCGUGGAAGUCGCUGGGCUCGACGAAGCCGACCAAGAGCCUCAUAUGAGGGGUCGCAUGAAAGAGACAAGACUGCCUGGGGACUCACGAUGAUACAAGGACGAUACAACUUGUCAUGGGUGACUGCAGGUUGAGUCGAGAGUCUGGAGUAUCUCUCUACUCCGUACCAUUAUGAACAUCUCUCCAUUCUUAUCAUAGGAUGGCCGAGCGUCAAGCUUACCUAGGUAGCGAUUUUCCGGGCCCGAAGGCUUCCGGCCGAGGCAGCGAGAUGCUCCUAGGUAGGUAGUUAACGUUAGUGAGCUUGGGUGGAUGGGAUGCCGCUGAUGGCGGCCAUUGAUGGACCAUUCCAUUUUAUUCCGCUCUGACCAAUUUUCUUGACCACAUGACAA